AUGUCCACCACAAAAAGAUUUGAUAUUAAGAAGGUUGCCAUAAUUGGUGGGGGUCCUGGAGGACUUUCAACAUUGAACGAACUUUUACACACUAGUAAAGAUGGAACAUCAACGAUCACCAAGGCGACAGUGAACAACCCACUUCCAGAAAAUCCUGCAUUUGAGCAGAUCACUGUUUUUGAACAGAAUGAUCAUUUUGGAGGUGUGUGGAACUUCACGAAGAAAACAGAUCCUCCAUUUCCUGAAGGGUUGAAACAGUAUUUUGAUCCUGCCGGAAUUAGGACCAAAUUAAAGACCCCUUCCUCUAAUGAUUUGUUACGUACAGAUAAGCAGCACCCAAUAGUUCAGGAUAUUUCAGAAAAUAAGGAUGUGAUUCGAUACUUUUGGAGACACAGUGGUCUUUACGAGAAACUUUUUACAAACAUUCCAAAUCACUUGAUGAGAUUCUCAUCGGGUUAUGACGUGGAAGUUCCAAAUCCAGACCCCAGAUCGAAGAAGUAUGCACCAUUUGUUAUUCACAGUGAUGUUGAAGCGUACCUCGAGGAAUUUGUUAAAGAGGCCAAGCUAGAGAAAUACAUUCGUUACAACACAGUGGUCGAUAAAGUCUUCAAGAAAGAUGGAAAAUGGCAGAUUGUAUUAUUACAAAUAAAUGAGAAGAACAAAACUAUAGGUUGGUAUUUAGAACAGUUUGACGCUGUGGUUGUUGCCACUGGCAGAUUUAACAUUCCAUUCUUCCCAAAAAUUGAAGGACUUCAGGAUUUUGUGAAUUCCAAUCCUGGUGUUGUUAUUCAUGCAAAAGCUUUUAGAAAUGAACAGGAUAGAGGAACUGAGAAGGUUUUGCUCGUCGGUACAAGUGUUAGUGCUGUGGACCUUCUUCAGUACUUGAUUCCCAAGUAUCAAGAAGUUCAUUUAUCCGGUAAUGUCUCUAAAGUCACAAAUGUAAAAGAAACCAAGCUCGAGAAAGAUGCUAAUUGGACCGAUCAGCUUAUAGCAAACCCAAAUCUUAAGGUGCAUAGGCAUCCAAGAAUCAAGAGCUUUGAAGGUGACAAAGUUACGUUUGAAGACGGAACAUCUGAACAAGGCUUUGAAAGAAUUAUAUUUGCUACUGGAUAUCACAUAUACUAUCCAUUUUUGGAUAUACCAGAAAAUGAUGGCAAGGACUACGUUUCCGUUUCAUCUGGUCUCGAUGGAGUUAAAAAUUAUGCAAGAACUAAGAUUGAUAAUCUUUAUCUCUAUACAUUUUCGUACGGAGACCCGACCUUGGCCCAUAUAGGAAUUGCACAUAAUCCUCUUUUUUUCUUGGCUUGCGAAGCAAAUGCUAUUGCCAUAGCCGGUGUUUGGUCUAACAAGCAUAAACUACCACCAAAGGAAGAACAAAGAAAAUGGAUUGAUGGUAGAUUUGUUGGAAAGAAGUCGGGUUUCCAGGUUUUCAAUGAGCAAAACAUACAAUAUUUCAUUUCUGAAUUAUACAAGUUUUCCGCUGAUGGCCGCUACAAUUUCAUUCCGUUAGUUAAGGGUCUUGAUAUUAGUGAUGCUAAAGACAAGUUAAAGAAACUAUUUGCCAGAUUUGUCGAGGGAGGACUAGAGGAAACAAGUACUCCUGAUCCGCAAACAACUGAAUGA